AUGGCAAACUUCGACGAUCUCCCGCGGCGCAAGGUACCCGCCGCCUCGCCGGCGCCCCAGAACUCCAGAUACCCGCAGUUCCCAGACGGCAUCCCGCGCCCGCUGUCGCCGGGGGAGCUGCCGAGUAAAUACAAGCCGGCCGAGCGAAGAGUGAGGGUAAUGAUCAUUGCGCUGCCAAUUGCGAUUGUUACCAGUUGGGUGUUGUGGAAUCGACUGGUUAAAGGCGAGGAGCGGAAGGUUCUUGUCCGCCACGCUUCUACUACUCCUCCUGCUAUGGACUCAGGUAGUACGGGGCCCACCACAGCAUAA